GCAGCGCUCACUGCGCAUGCACGCACAAUCCUAAACAUGCCCGCUGACUGACAGCCGAAAGCGAAUCAGUUGAAGCAGUAUGGGCAGAUAGUUUCUAUCUUUCCUUCUUUGUUUGUGAUCCAGUCAGAGGUCAUGGCGGUGGAUUGCGGUGUAUUCGUGGACUGGUCUCAGUUGGCCAAUGUGUCUCGCGAUGCGGCUCCCAGUAAGACAGAAUAUAAAGACUUUAAAGAGCUGAAACAGCACGCCCGCUCGGGACACUGGGCAAAAAAUCACGCACAGCGAGGUGCUGUUUACCAGCAGCUCCUCAAAGCUCUCCCUUGCCGCACAGUCACCCCAGACGCUGAAGUCUACCGGGACAUCAUAGGGAAUUCAAACAGCAAGCGAAACCCAUCCGCCUACCCACUGCCGGAUUUUGUGGACGGGGCAGCUGUGCCCCAUUACUGUCUGAAAGCGGAAUCAGUCGGCUCGGUGCACGCUGUCAUUUCCUGCAUAGCAGGGCAGUUUCCGGACAUCUCGUACUGCCCGUCGUUGCCGGCGGUGACGGCACUGCUGAUGCAUUGGAGCGCAGACGAAGCGCAGUGCUUUGAGGACGUCAGUCGUAUGCUGGCCUGCAACGAACCUGGGCGACGUUUGAUAGACCAGACUUUCCUUGCAUAUCAGUCGGCCUGCAUGACCUUUGGCGACCUCAUGCACAAGUACUGCCCCGCUGCGCAUAAGCUGAUCGUCGCCACGGCGACAGACGUGCUGGAGGUUUACUCUGAUUGGCAGAGAUGGGUUUUGGGUGAUCUUCCUUGUAGCUACGCUGCACGUGUACUAGAUGUGUUUUUGGUGGAGGGCUACAAGGUUCUCUAUCGGGUUGCGUUGGCCAUUCUGAAGUUCUACCGGAAGCACUGUGCGGCAAACGGCUCAACCUUAACCAAGCAGGACUCUGCAGGGGUCAGAGGUGAUAUCCAGGCGUUUGUGCAGAACAUCGGCAAAUGCGUGACGGCAGACAAACUGAUGGACAAAGCGUUCUCCAUUCGCCUGUUCAGCCGCAAAGAAAUCACGCUGUUACAGCUGGCCAAUGAGAAAUCACUACAGCAGAAGGGCAUUACUGUUAAACAGAAGAGGCAGAAUGUACAGUUAGCCGUGAACGCAGAUAAUUUCAGCUCUGAGAUCGUCAGUGCUACGGAGAUCAGAGAUAUCUGGUCGUGGAUCCCUGAAAGAUUCGCUUUGUGUCAACCAAAACUACUCUUCACAACCUCCACACACGGCUGCAGUCUCAACAGGUUUUAUUCACAUUGCGAGGGACACGAGCCAACACUGCUGCUCAUUAAAACAACAAGCAGAGAGGUGUGUGGGGCCUUCCUUUCCACUGAUUGGGAAGAGCGGAAGAGGGGCGGGAACAAGCUCAGUUUCUUUGGCACUGGAGAGUGUUUCGUUUUCAGAAUGAAGCCAGAAAUGGAGCGCUAUGAGUGGGUCAUCAUCAAACACCCGGAGCUGGCGAGCGCGGCCCAGCCCCCAGCCGAUGACCAGGCUGGCAACAGUUCACCCCUGAAUCUAGAAAAACCAGCCACAGAUCCAUCUCACCUCUCACCCUUCCUCUCUGCACGACACUUCAACCUGAACUCACGAAACACCUCCAUGUUUAUGGCGGGAAACAUCGACUCUAUCAUUAUUGGUGGAGGGGACGGUAACGCUCUCUACAUCGAUUCAGAGCUGAACCACGGCCGAACCGAACGCUGCCUAACCUUUGACAACCCUCCUCUGUGUGCCGAGAGCUUCCAGAUCGCUCUGCUGGAGGUGUGGGGCUUUAAAGACACCAUGGAAUCGUAAGAAAGGCUCACGUCUUGUGCAGAUCGAGAGCUGAGAAGACCAUGAUGGUUUCCCUGAUGGUUGUGUGGUGUUUGACGUCCCUUCAUGUAGGUGGUUGGAGCUUCAGUGCUCCUCUGUGCACUAAAACAAACAACCUGAGUUCCAGUGAGAAUCAAGUGCUUAAUGUGUGAAUAUUUAUAAGUGAAAAACUUGAUAUGUAUCAUUUAUCAUAAUGUAUGUCAACAUAUUUUAUUUGUUGUUGUUUUGUCAUAUAUCAGCAGACGGCAUGUGGAGAAUUGAGAAGCUUUGAUGAAGUUCAGUUUAACAUCUAACAAUAUCUUUUAUCUGUCCUUCUUUAAACGGAUGUUAGUAAUGAUAGUGUGAAAUAACGACCAGUACAGUAAAAUACAGCUGAGAGACUUUGGUUCAACUAUAUCAGAGGAGUAAGACAGUGUGUCCUGAUGAGAACAGGGUGUCUUUUUCAAAGGUGAUUUAUUCUAGGUGUCUUUUUGAAGGUAUUUCAUGUAUUCUGUGUUGCUUAUAAUAGUAAAUGUGUGUGCUGUACAUUAGUCUGGGGCAUUAGAGGCGAGUACUCUGCCCGUAGGUCACGAUGUCCUCUAGCGCUAGAUUGAACACAUGUCUGUACCCAGGUAAAUCUCAUGGAGAAAUGUCCUUAUAAUAUUUGCAUUCUUGUUUUUAGUUAAUUCACCCACUGUUUGUUAAAAUGCAUAUAUGGUCGAAUUGAGAGUGAUUCUCUAUUACAUCCCCCUCUGCACUGUGUGCCAACUAAAAGAGACAAAGAGAACUAAAAACAUUCUCACUCUUUAUAGACCUCCAGUUAUGUUUGAUUAUUGAUCUGAAAAUAAAAGACUUCUGGGAUUUCCCCCCCAGAAGAUAUAGGCUAUAUAUAUUAUUUAGGCCUAAUAUUUAAAAGGCCAAAGUGAAAUUUAUGUUUCAGCCACUCGUUAUUUAGUGAAAGUGAAGGAUGUGAGGCUCUCAAGCUCCUCUUGCUUCAUCUGAGCUGGACAGCCCCUGUUUAGCUUCUGCAUUAGGCUUUAUGAAUUUUCAUUUUUUGUGUCUUCUUAUUUAACUAAAUAGCUGAGUUAUAUGGCUGAUGACAUCAUCAAUAUAUUUUUUUAUGUUAGAAAGUAUUACAAAAAUUAUUCGAUUCAUAAUUUUCUCUGGACUUUUUAAACAUUUUGUUUUGAAGUUGGUAGAUGUUGGUAAAUCAUCUACAGUUUAAAUGACCAUUAUCAGUAACAUAUUGUUUGAUAUCAGUAGGAAUGUAGUAAUCUCUGCUCCAAAGCAUAUCUUUAAAUGAACCCUUGAAUGAUCAAACCUGAGUGUUGAUGAGUGUUUUGUGUGUGUCUUGUGAUGUGUUGUCAAACAGUGUGUGGAUGUGUCUUAUUCAGAAACAGCAGGGCUUGUGUUUAUCAGUGAUACGCGGUGUUUCAAGGAUGGAAUUUAAGUCUUAAACACGUGGGUAACAACAUUGUGGUAUAGUGUCAAAAUGCUGUAAUUGAUGUUCUUGUUUUGUUAUGUCAAGUAUUUAAUAAGCUCAUAUAUUGCAUGCUGUAAAGGCAGUAAAUAUGUUUUAUGCAGAACACAUGGGCUCUACAAAAUAGUGAGUUCAAUUGGAUGAUGCAUAAAGCAACAAAAUAAAUGGCCAAUAAAAUGGUUUC